AUGUUGCAAUACAAUGCCACUCAAAUGUUCAUCGAGACAUUCGACAGCGUGGCCAACAACAACAACAACAACAACAACUACCCACACAACAACAAACUGUUAUCAAGUGCAGUGCGCUACAACAACAGAAAGGUGUUUGAACAUUUGCUCAAGCAUCCAAAUAUCCGUCCUGACUUUGAGAGUUUGGCAGAACUAUUCAGACGUGACAACUUUGAUCUGCUACAACAAUACCUCACACCGUUCACUCAGCAGUCGAUCCACGAAUGUCUGAGUGUGUCUGGUCUCAUCAAGGCUGUGGUCACAGGCAACGAGUCACUGGUUCGACUGUUACUCCAACACAUGACCAUAGAUAUGCACUCAAAUGGGCUCAUCGACCCAUUCAAGUUUAUACGUGGUCGUGGCAUCAGUGUUGCUAUGCUCAAAGUGCUUCAUGAAGAGUUUGGCUGCCUCUACUCUCUAAAGACUCUUAAAAGCGAAGCACUAAGACAUAGUGUCAAGUACAACCAGAUGGACAGUGUACAAUACAUCUUGGAAAACCAUCCAUCAUGGGUAAUUGAAGACCCGCUCAUAUCCUCCUAUCUCUGUCAAUGUGCCAAGCAAGGUAACAUUGAAAUGUUUCAGCUGCUAAUGAGAUCAGUGAGGAUCACCAGGUACCUCAGGAAUGACAUUAACCAUGUAGUCAAGGUUGCAUGGGACCAUGGUCAUGUUGAGUUUAUCAAGUACAUCUUUGAGAAGUACAUUGGUAACACCAUCAUCACAAAGAACUCUGAGCAUUACGUCCGAGCAUGCUUUGAAACACCUCCCAAUCCAAGUUCAAUGGACCCGGCAAAGCUUAGGGUCACACUGUUGGCAGCGAUCCGACACGAUGACCUUGUCAGUGUCGAGGCAAAUGUCAAUAUGGUUGUGGAGCUAGACGCCAAGACCUGUCGAAAGAUGUCCAAAGAGAUGGCAAACGCAAUCAGCUGCAACAGAGCAACACAGAUGAGAUUCAGCGGUCUUUCAAUCUUCAACAUGGUAAAGGCAAUGGCUCAGCCAGAGAGCAACAUCACGGCUGAUAUCGUUUCUCAGUUCAUUGUGAAUUGUAGACACAAGGUGCCCACUUAUCUCAAUGAGGCAAUGAUAUUGGCGGCCGGCCACUCGGCCCAGGUGAUGCAACUACUCCACACUCAACUCAACAUUGCCUACAGUCCUCAAUGUUUUAGACACGCGAUCAAGAGGUGUUGUCGCGAGACAUUGUGUUUACUCUUCCCGCAAACAGAGAUAAUGAAGGAUGAUGCGGUAAAGACUAUGGCUUGCGAACUAUUACAAUGUGGAUCAUUGGACGAUGUAACAUUCUUGCUCAAUCACAUGGACUAUAUCAGACAGGAUCCGUCAAUAUUGGAUGAUGCAAUGUGCAAUGAUCAUUGGGACGUUGUCGAAUAUGUUGUCAAGCUGUACACACGAGAGCAGUUGGAAGGCGUACCAAUACAAUCUGCGGUGGACCAGGCAUUAAUACAGGAUAGACCAGACUUUAUCCAAUCACUUCAACAACUUUCUAUCUUUGAACAUCUAGACACAAAGAUAAUGGUUCGACCAAGUCUCGAGAAUCUUACCCAACUGGCCAAGUACAAUGCCUAUCACUCAUUGGAGUAUCACUUCAACUCACCGCUAUUCAACGGCAUGUCGGUCUCACACCGAUUGAGAACCAUUCAUUCCAUAUUGAACAAAGGUUAUAAGUGUGGAGCAACCAGAGUGAUCAAGCUAUGCACUGAUCAGAUUGAUGCAUUGGUUAAUCAACAUCAACAACAACAAAGACAACAACUACAUACGAUCGACACUGCAAUGAAUCCACAAUGUUCAUAUCAGUUGGAGACGACUGUCCAUUCAGUGUUCAGAGACAGGAAGCUUGGAAUGUUUAUAAUGGAACAUGUUGGAUUGGUACACAAGUCACUUGGUGUGGAGAGUGAUCAAGUGAUCAAAGGCUCAAAGUUGUUGGAAAAUCAUUGUUUGAUAGAUUAUAUCCAGUAUGGUGCAACGGAAUGGUUCCUACAAUCAUACACCUCUCGAACAUUUGAUAACAACACUAUUGUGAACACAGAACUACUAGAUAUGGCCUAUACGAUGUGUGACCAACGAGCUGUCGACGUACUUAUGGCCAAUACAAGAAUGUCUAUUGCACGUCGCAGCGCUACUUUUGUCAAGAAUGUAUCGACAUGCACUCAUCCUGAAUGGGAGAGAUUGUUUGAUCAGUAUGUCCUCAUCACUUUUCAGUCUGGUCGACUGGAGAUCCCCUUGGAUUUUGUCCAACAUCCAUCUUUCCUUCGCAAGCUCAUACAAUGUGAUGCCAAACUCGACACCUCCAAAUACACAGAAGUCGAGAACCUUUCCUGGAUCACCAAACCAUGGGCAUUGGAAAAGGUCGAGUUACUGGAUCAACAUGUCUUUCGGUACUUUGUCGAAUCGACUGCAAUGACACGAUUGUUUGAGGAUAGAUCAGGCUAUGUCCAAUCAUUUAUCAAUGAAAUAUGCUCUUGUGGACGAGGGGACUAUCUGGACUUGGUACUCAGUCGUAUUCGCCUAGAAGAUCAAUCGUUCAGUCUAGAGUCAUCCCUUUCGUGCUCAAUCAGUCAUGGACAUCUUGCAAUGGUGGAGAGGAUAUUCAAUGAGCUAAAGGCUUUUGGAACAAUCAUGGCGACUGAUUUCAUCUUAGUAGCAUUGUCCCAACAACACUUGGGAGUUGCCAACUUCAUCCUCGAUCAACUGCCUUCCGAUCGAAUCAAAUCAAUCAACAUUUUGGUGAUCAAUUCAAAUCUGUUGUCGGUUGACCUAAUUGAGCGACUGAUGGCCAUUCCCCAAAUCAUUCUUAAUUGUAAGAAUAUCUUGGGUAAUGCCAUCAAGAUUGGAAACAAAGUGUUGGUCGAUAAGUUGUUGGAGGAGAGUAACAAUGACAAAUGGAAGACUCUCAUAUCAGAUUAUCGUGGAGCUCUGUCAUGUGCAAUUGAGAAGCGUGACAUGGAGCUAGUCAAGAGGAUCAUGGCCAAGGAUCAAACAAUCAAACCAACCAUAGAUCACCUUUGUUCUUUGCUUGAAGUUGUUGGAUUACCCGGAGACAACAAGAUAUCAAUGGAGUCAUUCAUCGAGUUUGCCAACAUUGUGAAUCCAGAACCAAGGUCAUUUUCUUCGAGGAAUAUUGUCAGAUUGCUGUUGAUCGCAUCAUCAAAGUCAAUAUCGGUCAUUAAGUGGAUCAUCAAUCACUUUACCACAUACACCAAUGAUGAAGACAGUCACCCAAACAGUGUCGUCCACAACAUGAGCUGCAGAGACUUGGAAUCGAUGAUGAACAACUGCUACAAGCAAAGUGACUUUGAAUCGAUCGAUUAUGUUGUUCAGCUCGCCUCGGUUACCAAACACAAGUUAAUCAACAUCAUCAAGGUGGAGAACUGUAACGCUUCAGUUCUGGCACAUCUCUUUGACAAGGGAUACAUUAGUGUGGAUGACAUUGUCAAUGACAAGACGCAAUCACUGACACGCUUGGUGGAUUAUUCUAUGGUCAGAGGAGAUACUGACAUCAUCCGUGUUGUGUAUCAGAACUGCACAAGUCCAUCACAGCUCAAACGUUAUCUUCCAUCACUUCGCCGUAUCAACGACGCCACCAAAAGGAACUAUCACCAAUUGUUAUGUUACUUGUUUGAGGGAGACCGUGCCAGUGAAUCAACCUCACCAUUUGAACGAGUUGGAUGGAAGCCAAACAUGUUGGUCCCAUUGCUCAAUUCAAUCCGUCACAAGUCUUGCCGUGGAGGCAAUCUCAAAAUCAUAGCAAUGUGCGAUCGUCUUUUGGCCUCAUACGGAAAGACUUCACUGACUACUGGCGCUAUAUUGAAGAGGCGUGAACUUGAAGAGAUGAUCGAUAAUAACCCUUCACAACAUAAGGUCAUUAAACUUUGA